AGCAUGAUUUCUAACUGCUGACACACACUGUUAAGCCGCGGAUGAGGGACACUCGCUGCUGCUAAUCACUGCUGGGAUGGAGGGGGGCUAACCGUGUGGACAUUUUAUAUCUUUUAUCUUUUUUUUGUGGAAUAAGGAUCAAACGUUGAUGGGACUGUCUGGCGUGCGAAGGGGAAAGAAGAAGCAAUUCAGAAAAUGCAUCCGUGGGCAUCAACUGACAGCAGGCUGGAAGUGAGGUAAAUUUGUUUCGCAGGCCGAUCCACACUGAGGGUCAACAACAGCUAUAUACAACACUUAUCAAGAUCACUGCCACGGCCAUGCCUCGACCAGGAGAUCCCCAUUAGUUCUUACUGCGACCCCAUCGCCUGGGCCCUCUAACGCCCUCAUGACUCCAGGCCGUCUGGCUCACAGCUACUUCUACUACUGUCGGAAACAUCCAGACACGCGACCUGGGGCACCCCAGGGCCACCUUUGCCCUUGAUGCAUGGAUCCCGACAGGACCGGGGGCAGAGGAAUGAGGAGGAACAUGUUCCUCCGGUGGAUCUUACUGCUUUUCUCCCAAGGAUUUGUAUUUCACAACGUCCAGGGGGAACUUCCCUUCAUCUCGGGGAACAACGCUGCCAUGCUGGUCAACUGGAACGCUGUUGAUGGAAACAAGAAGUUGUUCGCCAUCUAUGACACGAGCGUCAAUGAACCAGGCAACAUGUCAUUCGUGAAGGAGACGGUGGACAAACUGCUGAAGGGAUAUGAUAUCAGACUGAGGCCAGACUUUGGAGGGGCCCCGGUUGCAGUCGGGAUGAGCAUAGACGUGGCCAGCAUAGACAUGGUGUCAGAAGUCAACAUGGACUACACGUUGACCAUGUAUUUCCAACAGUACUGGAGGGACAAGCGUCUCGCCUACUUAGGGAUCCCCCUCAACUUGACCCUGGACAACAGGGUUGCCGACAGUCUCUGGGUCCCCGACACCUAUUUCCUCAACGACAAGAAGUCUUUCGUCCACGGGGUCACCGUCAAGAACCGCAUGAUCCGCCUGCAUCCGGAUGGAACCGUUCUCUACGGCCUCAGGAUAACGACAACAGCGGCGUGUAUGAUGGAUCUCAGGAGGUAUCCCCUAGACGAGCAGAACUGCACUCUGGAGAUAGAGAGCUAUGGCUACACCACAGACGACAUCGAGUUCUACUGGAAAGGAGGCGAGUCGGCUGUAACGGGGGUGACGCGGAUCGAGUUGCCUCAGUUCUCCAUUGUCGAUUACAAGCUGGUGUCCAGAAACGUAGUCUUUUCCACAGGUGCCUACCCUAGACUGUCUCUGAGCUUCAAGCUGAAGAGGAACAUCGGCUACUUCAUCCUGCAGACGUACAUGCCAUCGAUCCUGAUUACCAUCCUCUCCUGGGUCUCCUUCUGGAUAAACUAUGACGCGUCGGCAGCCAGAGUGGCUCUAGGUAUCACCACGGUGCUGACGAUGACCACCAUCAACACCCACUUGAGGGAGACGCUGCCCAAGAUCCCCUACGUCAAGGCCAUCGACAUGUACCUGAUGGGCUGCUUCGUCAUGGUCUUCCUGGCCCUGCUGGAGUACGCCUUCGUCAACUACAUCUUCUUCGGGAGGGGCCCUCAGAUGCAAAAGAAGCUGGCGGAGAAGGCGGAGAAGGCCAACAACGAGAGGGCGGCCAAGUACGACGCCGCAAGGGAGGCAGGUAGUAGGACCGCGUCCCUAAAGCGGUCCAAUCAGGUUAAAGGUCUUCGCCACUCACGCUCGGCGGAACCGCACGGCCACGGGAACAUCCUGCUAACCACCCUGGAGAUCCAUAACGAGGUGGCGGGAGGCGAGAUCACCACCAGCUUGGCGGACAUUAGGAACUCUCAGUCCAUGGUGCAGUUGGACAGCACGGCCUCGUCGCACAUCCAGUACCGCAAGCAGAGCGGCGGAAUCGGCCCGCGCUCCGCCAGCAAGCACUCCCUGGACCGGGCCGCCCAGCUGAAACGCAGCCGUCUGCGGAGGCGGUCCUCGCAGCUCAAAAUCAAAAUCCCCGACCUGACGGAUGUGAACGCCAUCGACCGCUGGUCACGGAUCAUCUUCCCUUCCGUUUUCUCACUGUUCAACCUCGUCUACUGGCUCUACUACGUCUGAUUGGACUGUUUUGUUGAGGUGUUCGUUGUUGUUUGAUUUUUUUUUUUCAUUUUGUUUCUUUUUCUUCCUUUUUUUCUGUUGCUUUUAUACAUGAUGGAAUAUGUCGAGUUAAAGACGGCAACGCUUCAAGACAAAAACAAACAGACUGAGAAAAGACUACUGAGUUUUGGACCAAGUUCUUGUCAAAAUUGCUUUUAUAUUUGUCUUUGAAUCCUUAGUACCACGGUAUUUUUAUUUUCUGAAGUAUGUACUGUAAUUGGGACUUGUGACAGUCAUUUCCCAACACUUGCCCUCUCAGUAAUGUGUAAAUAGAGAGAUACAAAGCCAGCAAUUGAAUAAAUAAUACAGUAUUUGCAAAAAAAACAAACACAAUAGCAGUUAACGCAAUGAUUUUUCUAAUCUAAAAAAACAACUAAGAAAACUUUAUACUACACAGGUGGUCAGAUAAAUGCAGGCAAUUCCUAAAAGUCCAUUAAACAAACUAAUGUAUGUUUGACUGGUACCCUAUGCACUAUUAAUGCAUGUAAUGAUCAACCGUAGUGGAAAAACUCUUUUUUUGCCUUGGAUUAUUGUCACAACUUUACAGAUGUGUAUUUGUUUAUAGCGUUGAUAAUAUACAGAAUAUUUGCUAUUAUAUGUCAUGCAUUGAUCUGGUAAACUUUUACCCAAACACAAUAAUUCAAAGUUGAGGAUUUGUAUCCUCUGUUCAGGAACGAUUGUGACUCAGGUUCUGAAUCUUUUGCUAUUGGACAUCUUUUUCUUGACAAAGAAAAAGUAUCCUUUUUUGGUAAUUUGAUAAAGGAGAAGCACAAAUACGAAUAAAACUGCCAUUUUUUCAGCAACAGCGCUUGGAGUGAUAUAGCAUGACACAAUUGCACUCAAAUUUAUUGAACUUCCUCUAAAAAAAAAUGUCUUAUAUUAAUUUAAAACAACUGCCAAGGGCCUUUUGGGCGACACGGUUACUCAACCCAUGAAAUAUUAUGAUAUUUUUGUACUCUGUGUCUUCAGGUAUUCAUUUGAUUUUCCUAACCUGUGUUUUUUUUUGCUCAACAAUAACUGUUGUGGUGAUAGAGUGAAGGAAUGAAACCCAUUUUUUUGUACAUAAGUACAUAGGUGUGUAUAUAUAUAUAUAUAAAUGUAUAUAUAUAUACUGUGUGUACAACCCAAAAAUGAUCUGAGCAUUUUGUGAUUGUCAUACUGGCAGUCAGAAUAUUUAUUGCAAAAAAAAAAAGAUAAAAAAACAGGUCAGUUUCAAGCAUCGGUUUAGUUUUCAAGCAUUUGUGGGGCACUCUGAAUAUCUUCUCAAACACCCGACCAUGUUGAAGUCCACUCUAGAGACUGUACGUAUGUUCACCCUUAGAGCUACUGUAUGCCCCGCCGUACAGCAGCACAUGCAAAUGGAUUUCAUUGAUUCCGCGAUACCCGGUCUGUCGACGAAUAAGCACAUACUAGCGCUGAAUGUAUCAGAUCCAUUCUUCAGGGAGAGGAUAAUGAGCCAUGGUCAUCAUUUCUCCAUCAGAAUGUAACACGCCCAUUCUUACAAAAGAAAGAGAGGGAAGGGAUGGUGCUUUAAGAGUGUGUGCAUGUGCAUGUGUGUGUGUGAGAGCGAUGGGGAAAUGGAUAAGGAGAGCUUGAGAUGGGAAGGGCGUGGGUAGACCAUUUAUUUUCCGUGCUGCUUGCUCGACUAUGGACAAAUGUCAACGUGUAAUAGUUUUGUGGAUAAAAAUAGCUCUCCCAUCCCGCUCUUUUGAUAAACUGUGUGCCAUUCCACCUAAGGUCGCAGAGCAAUCAGCCGCUUAAAACUCACGGACGACGAUGUAAAUUUGUCAUAGAUACAUGACAUGCAUUCACUGUUUGUGCAUGUACAAGAAGAAAAAAAAAAUGAUAACAUUGAGUUCAGAGUUGGGAUUAAUUUAACAAAAAGUUUCAUGUGUACAGACUGAUUGAUAUAUGACUAAGAACUGAAUGUAUUGUACUUGGAUUGUUGCUGCACAAAUGCAAUUUUCUUUCUGGAAACCUCAACCCUGAUUAAUUAGGGCUCUCGUUGAUUCUACAUUCAAGUGACUCCCAAGUUUAUGCUGGUUUCUUGUCCUGUUUUCUACUGUGUAGACGGGGCGCAGUGCACAUAUGAACUGAAAUAAUAUCAUAUAUAAUAAGCCAAAACAUCUUGCUAAAGGUGUGUUCGGAAGGAAUUUGAAGCGAGUUUUCACCUUGCACCAUUCGUACGAAUUUCUGUUUAUUCGCCCCCAAACGGCCAAUGUACCAACUGUGGACGCACUGAAACUCUUUCUAUACUUCCCUCUCGUCUCUGUUUGUUUAUGAAGCAGAUUGGGAUGUGCACAGUUUUUCGGACGCUGAAACAUUUUCAACUCGUGCGGAUACGUUUUCGUGUCAAAUCGUGUCUUUACGUAGAUUUUGUACGCAAUGGCGCCACCACUAAAUAGUCGUUUGGCGUUCUGUCUGAACACACGAUAAAAAGAGGACGUCUUGACUCAAGCACAAAUCAAUGUUUUCCUUCCUGGCUUAAUGGUUCACUUUGUUAAACCAAAACAUCUUACUAAAGGUGUGUUCGGAAGGAAUUUGAAGCAAGUUGCGGCAAUUCGUACACAUUUUUUCGCCACAAACAGCCAAUAUACCAACUGUACCUUAGCGUUAAGUUAGCUAGCAACGACCGCACUGAAACUCUGGUUCUUUCUAUACGUCCCUCUUGUCUCUGUAUGUUUAUGAAGCAGAUUGGGAUGCGCACAAUUUCGUGUCAAAUUGUGUCUUUACGUAGAUUUUGUAAGCAAUUGCGCCACCACUUAAAGUCGGUUGCCGUUCUGUCUGAACACACGAUAAAAGAGGAAAGCGAUGUUUCGUUAUCUCAUGCAUUCCAGGUUGUUAAGGCAUGGAACCAGUUUGUCCAAUGUUGUUUCAAGCCGCGAGGAAAUUCGUACGAAUGAAAGCUCAAAACAGUUUAUGACGCUUCAGUGUCGUACCAACUGUACGUUAGCUAGCAAAUGGACGCACUGAAACUCUGGUUCUUUCUAUACUUCCCUCUCGUCUCUGUAUGUUUAUAAAGCAGAUUGGGAUAUACACAAUUUUUCGGAUGUUGAAACAUUUCAACUCGUGCGGAUGCGUUUUGUGUCAAAUUGUGUCUUUCCGUAGAUUUUGUAUGCAAUUGCGCCACCACUACAACACACGAUAAAAGAGGAUGUCUUGAAUUAAGCACAAAGCAAUGUUUUGUGAUCUCAUGCUGUCGAGGUUGUUGAGGCAUGGGACCAAUUUGUUUCAAGCUGCAAGGAAAUUCGUACGAAUGAAAUCUCAAAAACAGUUUAUGAGGCUUCAGUGUUGUGUAAAUAAGAUAUAAUAAGACAGAUUUCUGCAACACUGGAGCUAGAAAAUAACUGUUUUCCUUCCUGGCUUUACUGGUUGACUUUGUUAAACGAUUACUUCCGGGGUCAAGUUUUUGCAGUUGGUCAUCGUCUGAGUCAUUAUUUUAUUUACCAAACGACAUAGUGCGGUUGAAAAGUGAAAGAGACGGUAACUCUCGAUACUUGUUUAUCAUGCAUGCAACUACAAUUCGUAACUUGGGAAAAAAAAGAAGAUAUUUUGCAAACUCACUCAUGGGAGCUGCCAACUGCUCAUUUUAGAGAUGACAAUACGCCAUGUGCGCCUACAAUAAAAAGAAAAAAAAUCAAUAAAAAUGGUGUUGUAUGGCCUUGGUCCCAUAAUGGAAUGUGAAAUGUUCUGUGCUGCCACAAAAUGUAUUUAGGCUUAGAUUUAUACUGUAUAUCUCUGUAUGUUUCUCUUCCUUUUUCAAUAGAUUAUCAUGUUAAACCAUCGAAUAAAUUAUAUACAUUGUACCUGUGUAUUUGGUAUUGCGAGCAUGCAUGACACUCCGUGAAGAAUCUGCAUAUACUGUACAUGUAGAUGCAAUGAACAGCCAUUUCAAACAUACAUAUAAUAGGAUUUUGAUAUGCCUGUACAUACCCCAAGUCUUGUUGGGAAUAUCUCCUAUUCAGGUGCCCUUGAGCAAGGCACUUAAUCCCCUAUCUGUUUCAGUGCAACUACACAGUUGAAGACUUUUUAUUGCAACUCCCAGUUGGACAUCUUUUGUGUAUGAAGUGAACUUUAUGAAUGUGUGCCAGAGUGUUGGUGAAUAAGAGUACAGUAGUUCCCCGGAUAAAUAAAGACUGAAAGAAGAAAAAGACA